AUGAUUGAACAAUUAGAUUUAUUUUCUUCGUUCUUGUCAGGCCUUGCGGCAAUGGCGUACUUACACAAUUUCUUCGUUUCCGUAAUACUAUAUCGGUCAGGUCAUGCUAAUGUAUCAAAUAUUCUAAAAGUAAUAUUCAACUUUAGCGGAAUAGCAAGAUCAGUGGUUAUGUAUGCUUUGGUAAUGGUUUCACAAAAUAUUUCGAAUGACCAGUGCUCGGCUUUAACAUAUUUACAAGAUGUGGCAAAUUUUUUUUAUCGGCAAGCUUUAAUGGGUUUUUUGUUGUGGAGAUUAAAACAAAUCGAGUAUUCUUUCUGGGAUCGAUGGAUUAGUUUUGGAUUGUUUACAGCUAGAACUAUUUUAAACUUUACUGAUAUAUUAAUAAAGCUUGCAUUCUUUGGUUAUGCAAGUCCAAAAUUAAUAACGCAACCAGAUACUUCUAACACUAUAUGCGAUUCAGCUCACGAAUUUGGAGCCUUACCGAUUUAUCUAAGUUUUGUGGGAAUUGACUUUAUCAUUGAUACAUUCGUAACCGUUCGUUUGGUUCAAAUAUUAACUGAAGGAAAUCGAAGUGCUGCAGAAGUUAACUCGAUAAUUGGAAGAAAACCUACAACAAAAAGAACUUUAUUCACUGCCGUUUUGUACUGGAAUUUUUUAAGAUUAACUAUAGACUUUUUAUAUAAUGCAAUAACCGUUAUUUUAGCUGUGGAAAAUCCUUCUAUUAAUAAUUCGGUACUUUAUAGUUUAAUGUGUUUUGUAACUAUUGCUCAAUCUUAUUUAAUCACUGUUGAUGCUGAAAUCGUUAAAGUUAUCGAGGGUAGUAGUGAAAAUCCUCCAAAUAUUGAAUGGUUGAAUAGUAUAAUUGAUGAUGGGAGAGGAACGCGGGACGUACCUCCUUCAUCUUCAUCAACCGCAAGGUCAACUUCAAAGUAUCAAAAAAUCAUUAAACCAUUAUUUAUAUCCACAUCCCCCGUUACUUGUCGACCACAGUACACUCCACCAACUGCAUUGAUACGUGAAUCUAUGCUUGGACAACGACAAACUGGUUCUUUUCAACUUAAUAAAGGAAAAAUUGUCGUGGUAUCAAUGCAAAGAUUAUCAUUUUUUGAAUGGGCUAAUAUGGUAACCGGUGCUGAUAAUAAUAGCGUUGAUAAUAAUGAAAAUUCUUAUAUUGAUCAUGAAUUUAAACGAACCAAAAUUGGUAGAGAUGGAAUGAUUAGCAAUAAUAGUUUAAAUAAUAUUGGAAAAGAUUCGGUUAGAUUAUUAGAUGGUAAUAAUUCUUUGAUACCUGAAUCUGCUUAUAUAAGUCAAUCAAGACGUGGUAGUGAUACUUCGACGAUGUCAAAUUCUUCUUUACAAACAAAAACCAAUGAUACUCAUUUUAUUAAUGAGUUAAAUUACAAACAAUCUUUUAUAUAA